ACGGAAUCGACUCGAUUAUUUGCUCGAUAAAAAGUACAAUCCGAAUUACCAAGUGAAACUGUAUUCAACGUUUAACGAAACGGAGAGAUAGAAGCCAUCGACCCUGGUGCUAUCGGACAAAUAAUCGAAUAAACAGUUGCCAUUGCGUAUUUUCUAAACAGAUUCACGGCCGUCUCGGAUUGUACGUAAUCCGCGCAAUUACGAUCGUUCCUCGAGUGCUCGCGAUCCCUCCGUCAAAUAUUUGCACUCGCGAUUUUCGUCGCAAUAAAAGGAAGCAAUAAAGCGAUUUGUUCUCGAACAGCGCUCUGGGGAAACGAUAAGCGCACUCGUUAUCUUAAUUAAAGGCGCGGCGGGGAGCAAUCGGUGCCGCGAUGAGCGAAAAAUUCAGUGAUCAAACGAAACGAGCACCCUCGAUCGACGCAUCGGUGAUCGACGAGAGAGAAUAUUCGAGGGUUUGAUAAGGGUUCAGACCCCUUCUCUACGAUUUAAUUCGCGACUGUGCGUUAUUGGCAGACGUUGAAUUUGUGAUCUGCCUUUACGGCAGGUGCCUUGAUCAGCCUGGGAGCCAACGAAAUCGUGAUAAGGAGUGAAACGACCGUGCUUGCGACAUGCUGUGGACGAAGAAAGUACGAUGAGGUUCUCGUGUUUCCCGCGGCCAAGCAUCCUGGGACAGAGGGGCAGCAUCAAUCUCACCCCUCGGCCAGGGUCCGACGAUACGAACAGCGCGACCGGUGUAAGCAUAAAUGGAAACGCGAAGAGCCCGGUGGUGACGAGCUACAAGCAACCUGGGGAACCAGAUCUGACUAACGGCGUGAUACGACCCUUGUCAGGUACCGCGGUGUCCAACGGCUCUGCGCCGCUCCUGAACUCCACUGGGAAAGGUAGAGCUCCUCCCCCGCCUCGGUCAAAGAGCAAUAAUAAUCUUACCACGCAUCAUGAGAACGAGCAGGAACAUGCCAGGAACUCCGACGGUUCCGAUCAGCCUGCGCAAAAUCCCCGAGGCGGUGUCAUCGGUAGAACACCGACGCCACCCUCUGCUCCAACCCCCGUCUACGAGAAGGAUGCCAAGUGUAGACGGCAGAUCAAGAGAGCCAUUUUGGAGAACGAGUUCCUUGGUAAUCUCGAGGAGAAUCAGGUGGAGGAUCUGGUGUCCGCUAUGUACCCGAAACAGAUACCGCCGGGCACUUUGGUGAUUCGAGAGGGAGAUAUAGGGUCCCAUCUUUACGUUUCGGCGGAGGGGGAGUUCGACAUCUACCAGGGCAACAAAUUCCAACGAAGUUUCGGCCCUGGUGUAGCCUUCGGGGAGAUCGCCUUGUUGUACAACACGAAGAGGCUUCGAUCCAUCAGCGUAAAGAACGCCGGGAAAGUAUGGGUGCUGGACCGAUCCGUCUUCCUCACUAUAAUGAUGAAGACGGCCCAGGAAAGACUAGAGGGGAACGUCCGGUUCCUUCGACGCGUUUCCGUUCUCCAAAAGUUGCCCGAGCCGAAGGACCACCUGCUCUCGAAGAUUUCCGACCUCAUCCGCGUGGAAUUCUUCCCCGCUGGGGCGAAAAUAGUGCGGCAAGGGGAGAAGGGCGACAAGUUCUACAUAAUCAGCGGUGGAAACGUUAGGAUCACGAAGGACACCGAGUACGGCGACGAGGAGGAACUGGUUGUCCUGGCGAAGGGUCAGUAUUUCGGGGAGAAGGCUCUGUUCGACGACAAGGGCGAAAAUCGCAGACACGCCAACGCUGUGGCGCUCGCGCCUGGCGUGGAAUGUUUAACGUUAGAUCGAUCGUCGUUCUUGAACUACCUUGGCGGCCUCGACGAGAUACGCAACAAGGACUGGUUGGCAGAAUACGAGAAACAGAAGCGAUCGCUGACCCCGACGAACUGGACCAACGAGUACUCCAACGUCACCCUGGCCGAUCUGGAGACCAGAGGUACCUUGGGGUGCGGCGGAUUCGGGCGCGUCGAGUUGGUCACCCUCCAAUCGGAUUCCGAGAAGAGCUUCGCGUUGAAGAAGCUCAAGAAGAAGGUGAUGGUCGAGCAGCAGCAACAAGUACACGUCCUGAACGAGAAGCACAUCAUGCAAGCCUGCGAUUCGCCGUUCAUAUGCAAACUCUAUCAGACGUACAAGGACGCGAAAUACGUGUACUUCCUGAUGGAGGUGUGCCUGGGUGGAGACGUGUGGACGUCCCUUCAGAGGAGAAGAUACUUCGACGACGGCACCGCGCAGUUUAUGGUAGGGUGCGUGGUGGAGGCUCUCGAUCAUCUUCACUUGCUGAACAUCGUUUACAGAGAUUUGAAGCCGGAGAACCUAAUGCUCGACUCACGUGGAUACCUGAAACUGGUUGACUUCGGUUUUAGCAAAAAGAUUGGACCACACAAGACGUGGACAUUCGCCGGCACCCCUGAAUACGUCGCGCCGGAGAUCAUUCUGAACAAGGGACACGACAGGGCUGUGGACUACUGGGCGCUGGGAAUCUUAAUUCACGAGCUGCUGGUUGGCAAACCACCCUUCCGUGGCAGCGACCACAUGACCACGUACAAUAAAAUCUUAAAGGGCAUCGAGGUGGUCGGGAUACCAAGUAUCGUCAGCAAGAACGCCAACAGCCUCAUCAGGAAGCUUCUUCGCGUGAAUCCUUCGGAGCGUCUCGGAUACCAAAGAAACGGCAUCCAGGAUAUUCGAGACCAUAAGUGGUUCCAUACAUUCAAUUGGCAGGCCUUGCAGAGACUAGCUUUGCCAGCACCGAUCGUUCCAACGGUACGAAGCCAGGUCGACACGCGAAAUUUCGAGAGGUAUCCACCGGAUCGCAAUAUUCCACCCGACGAGUUCUCCGGAUGGGAUUCCGAGUUCUGACGAGAAAAAUUACUGCGCGAUGACCAGCAGUACGUGCUUUGUUCCUUAUCUGUCGAACGAACGAUAAGAGUGAUUAGCCGCGAAAGUGCAUUGAAAAGGACUCUUACAAUGACAAUCGUUAAACAAAAACCUAACGAUAAUAGGAUUACCAUUAUCUUGGCCAGAUGUGGUUAUCACCGAUGAGUACAUCAAAAUAGUUUUCUAUUUGAAUUUGCUAACCGACCUAUUUUGGGUCGGUAAACCGCGACGCAUAUAUCGACAUUUAGGAUCCGUAGGAAAAGUGUGUGAAUGAUACUCCGAUGAACGACGACAACGAUAUUAACAGCCAUUAGCGUUACGAAUUGAUAAUAAAUUUAUACUUGAAUUAAUAAAAAGAUUCACGACUACUUUGUUUCUGUA